AAUCUAGGAAAGUUUGGGGCUUUUUAGCACUUGAUAGUUUCUUUCUUCCAUCCCCCUCCAAUCCUCCAUAUUUGAGAUAAGGCGAUAAACAGUCUUUAACAAUCUGCAAUUGGAAGUGAAGUGAAGUGAUGUUAGAACACAUAACAGCAAGUGAAGUCGCCGGCUAUGGAGUGGGUGCUCUCCUUCUAUGUGCCACCAUUACCGCACCUAAGAUCGAUUCUUUCAUCUCUGCUUCCCAACGCAGCUCAUUAGGCAUGUGCAAGAGAUGUGGUGAUCUAAAGUUGAUCGCAUGCUCAAAUUGCAAAGGUUCCGGAUCACUCAAACAAGGUGGUUCAUUUAGUUUUGGUCCUUCAGAUGUUUCUUUCACGGGUGGUAACUCAAUGAUGCGCUCUUUAUCUUGCAACAAAUGUCGAUCUAGAGGCCAUUUCCCUUGCCCAGAGUGCUCCAAAGUUUCUACAACCUAAACCGUUUAAUGUUUUCAAAUAUUAUGUAUCGGUCAUAAACAACAAUCUUGCUCUAAAUUGUAUAGCCACUUGUGACAUCUAUGAUAUGAUAUAUAAUACAAUAGGAUGAUUCCCAUAUCAUUAUAAAAGUUUUUGAAGACAAUUCCUAAUUCUUGUGAAGGGUCAAACCCAUCUUUCAACCAUAAUGACAAGCAAUUUUUUUCGGAAAGUUUUGGUAAAAUUUACACUACAAAGUGAAAAAACAGGUGUGUGUGUGUGGGGGGGGGGGGUCUGGCCAUGGAAAGAACCAGCCUUCUGAAGGAUGAUCAUGUUUUUUUUUUUGGUUAUCAAGGUUAAUUUGACUAUUUCAAAAUUUUGAAGUUCAUGCAUCUUGGCAUCUUAAUAAGCAUGGAAGCAGGGGCGGAUUUAGUAAGGCAGAGAAGGUACAAAUGUUUCUGCAUAAUUUAGCACGCUGAAGGGCAAGAAGAUAAGGCUUUAGAAGUUGAGGUUGAUCUGAAAUUGUACCUCUGAUCAGUUCUCAUGCUUUAUGUAAGCAUCAAUGAUCAAACAUACUAGGAUUAGAAUUUGAAUAUGGGCCUUCUGGAUUUAAUAUAUCAUAGAGGUAACCUGCAUUAGCCCAUUUCACAAUUGAUCAAAAACCCAAAUGUGACAAAGAUGGCAUCAAAAUUUAAGUUACAUACGUACACUUAUUAUAAAAA